AUGAGCGCCGCCUACAUUAUACCUUUGGAUGAAAUGGACUUAGGUCUCUUACCAAAUACUUACUCUCCAAAGAGAAAUAUGCCGCUGUGGAGCUUAAACAAUGAACAAUGUGAAUUUCGUAUUUCCUAUAAUCCAUUGGAAGAUCAGACUGAUAAAGAUGCCUCAACACACAAACAGGACCUAAAAACGACUAUGUGUCACAUUUGCAAGAUUGAUGUCCCGGUGAAAUAUCUCAAAGAACACAGAGAUGGUGUUAAACAUAAAGCAUAUUUAAAAAUAGCUAACACAGCAUUGGAAAGGCUAAAAGAUGAAAUCAAUAAUAAUGUGUAUUCAGAAGAAAGAGACUCGUUGAAAUAUUUCUGUCCUCAUUGCACUACUGUUACAGAAGUAUGUGAUCGACAAAAACACGAUAAUUCCACAGAUCACAAGAACGCUGUCCUUACUGACAGAUAUAUAAAAAAAAUUCUUGAUUUUUAUACAAAUUCAACGGAUAACAUAAAAAAUACUUUGGAAUUUCAAGUUGCACAAUCAAAGGCAGCUGAUAAACUACUAAAUGCAAUACAAAACACGAAGCCAAUAGAUGUUCUGAAUAAUUUUGAUAUGGAAAAUUAUUUGAAUGAAUUGAAAUAUAAACACAAAAUGACCACUAAUAUAAAAGUGAUCAGUAAAGGAAGACUACUGAUAGAUAUAGAUGGAAACAAACUAGAAAUUGACGAAGAUAAUUUUCAUGGUAUCUUAAACCGAGACGGGGGUUGUGUUGAGUGCAUUGUUUGCAAAGAAAUUUUCAGAACUGAGAAUAAAUACAUACAUAUUCGAGGAUCAAAACAUGCUUAUAGAGUGACUGCGCCAAUUACAGAUAUUAACUGCAUAAGAGAGAUAUAUCCAUCGUGGUACCACUGCAUUCUUUGCAACACUAUCACUGAAAAUUACUCAACACACACUGCCUUAGAUAGUAACCAUAGCAAAAAUUUUGAAACUGCUUUCAAAUAUUUCAACUUCCAGGGAAAUGUCACAUCUUUAGACAAUCUGAAACCUAACAAUGAUCAUUUAAAUGACAACAAGUCUUUUGUUUUAAACAAAACUAAGAUUAAUUUAAAUGAAACAAAUGACAUGAAAAUUAAUGUGAUAUCGACCAUAACAAGUGAACCUGGCAUUAAUAUGAAUGAAGCUAUAGAAAAUGAACCUGGAAUUAACAUGAAUGAAGCCAUAGGAGAUGAACCUGGCAUUAAUAUGAAUGAAGCUACAAUAAAUGAACCUGGGAGUAAUAUGAAUGAAGCCAUAAGAAAUGAACCUGGCACUAAUAUGAAUGAAGCUACAAUUAAUGAACCUGGGAGUAAUAUGAAUGAAGCCGUAAGAAAUGAACCUGGCACUAAUAUGAAUGAAACUACAAUUAAUGAACCUGGGAGUAAUAUGAAUGAAGCCAUAAGAAAUGAACCUGGUGUGAACUUAAAAAAAAAUGAAGAAAACAAAGCGAACAUAAAUGAAAAUGUCAACAAAAUUAAUGAUUCUGAUGUGAAUGUAUUAGAUGCAAUUUAUGCAAUUAUUUAA